AUGUCCUCGCUGUCCUUGAUCCCUAGUAGAGCUACCAAACGCUCUACAAAUCUGGCAGGCGUGGCACAGCUUGCAGCAGCUCGCGAGCCUCGUGCAAUCCUGUGUCCGGACGUACUCGUCGUGCCCAAUGGGACCCCAAAAGCCAGGGAGCAUCAGGACUGGCUCCGGCAACGGCUUGUUUCUACGCCACAGUUUUGCUCCGAGCUCUUCGACGCCGGCAUGACAGUGGUCGCCGUGCAAAGUGCGUCGCCGAACUCCAAGAGAGCUACGGCACAUGGCGGCAAGGGAGGGCGCAACCGAAGAGUCGACGAGCACGUUACAAAGGAGUGGCAGGUCGCCGAGAAUGUUGGAAGUGCCGUGGAGGGGCAGGGAAAGCAGACUUGCACAGAAGGCUCAGCUCAACAGCUUCGGCACUCCAUUGGCCCCUGCCUCAAGGGCAAACACGCAGAGGCCCCAGAAAAAUUAUAA